CCGUCCCAAGCAGCACGAAACCAGAGUGUAAAUACACUUUCUCCCAAAUCAGGACCACGUCAACUUUCACAGCCGAACUUGAGUGUGUCUUUUCAGGAUUCGAUCUCGCAACCAACGGAACGCCAUUUCAGUACUGGCUUGAUGCUAAUAACCAGCCGUUGCCAACAAACACAAAGUACCAAGUGUCAAAUGAUGGCAGAAGGCUAACAAUCUACAAUAUCAUGAUGUCGGACUCUCAGACCUAUAAGUGUGUGGCCAAUACUUCGGCAGGAGAAGCACACAGUGACGUGAAAGUCACCGUAACAGCUUGGCCAGGAUUCGUUACCGUUGCGCCUAAAGAUAAAGUAGCCCUAGAAGAGAGUGACGUUAUUUUCAAAUGUGAAAGCAGAUCAAACUUGAAUGAACUUUCAGUCAACCGUCCAGUGUGGUACUUCAAUGGCCAGCGAAUAACAACAAACGGCACGUAUAACAUCGGUGAUAAUGACGCUACUCUAACGAUAAGAAAAGCAAAGAAAGAAUCUCACAUUGGAUGUGUUCAGUGCGAAAUCGCCUGUGAGAACAAUGAGUGCCUCCCUGCAUGGGCUAAUGGGUGUCUCUUUGUUUUAAAGCGCAUCCAGGUUCGGAGAUAUUUUGACAAAGAGAUUACAAUAAAGUCUGGAGGCCUCAUCAAUUUAACUGUAUCGGCUAGCACAGAUCCUAACUUGCACUUGAAAUACAAGUGGCUAAUAAAUGGCAAAUGUAUUGUCAAUCAAACAUUGCUUAAUGGCCCGUGUGAAAACAACAGCUCUGCAACACUUAUUAUUGACACGAGUGGAAAGUCGAGAUUAACAGGUCUCAAAGGAAAAUAUCAACUAAUAAUCUCCAACAAGUUUGACAUGUACACGUAUGAGGCAGUUGUAUUAAUACAAUCUUCAACGUCAAAAUCAGAAGAAGCGAGUCCGGCAGCUAUAGUUGUCGUUAUAGGAACCGUGGUACUGCUGCUAGGAGUCGGCAACUGUGUCUACAUCUACAAAGUCCAUCAAGCAUCAAAAGCUGCACAAAUACAAGCGGAAUUCAAUACUUUACUGGCAAAGCCAUUAAGAUUUCAACAGGCAACUAUUGAUACCAUAUCGACUUACAUUGACGACCAGUCAAUACCGUCGACAUCGGUGACACGGGAAACUAGCUAA